CAAUCGUAUUGUAUUUUAAGAGGAUUACUCCAUGUUAUUCAUUAUUAAUUGUUCAGAAACGAUUCAGGAUUCAGUUGCUUAACCCUUAACGUUUGUGAUUAGAAGGAGAGAAAAAAAUUUCAGGGAAAUGUCUGAGGUUACUAGUAAAGAGUCUGGUGCAAACCCCUCUGAAUUAUAUGGGACGCAUACAUGGAAAAUUGAGAAAUUUUCAAAAAUAAGUAUGCCAGAGAUCCGUAGCAAUGUUUUUGAAGUUGGUGGCCACCAAUGGUCUAUUUUAGUUUAUCCAAAACGCUGUGAAGUACCAACCCAUCUCUCUUUGUUUCUCUGUGUUGCGAACUGUGAUAAACUUCUUCCAGGUUGGAAUCAUUUUGCUCAGUUUACUAUUUCUAUGGUGAAUAAAGAUCCAAAGAAAUCAAAGCAUUCAGAUACAUUACACAAGUUUGGGAAGAAAGAGCAUGAUUGGGGAUGGAAAAAGUGUAUGGAGUUACCUAAGUUACAUGACGGUUUCAUUGAUGAGUACGGCUCUCUUACAAUAAUGGCUCAAGUCCAGGUCAUUAGAGACAGGGUGGACCGACCUUUUCCCUGCCUUGAUGUUCACUAUAGGAGAGAACUUGUUAGGGUUUAUUUAAAAGAAGUGGAGCCCAUUUUCUUGAGUUUUAUGAAAGAGAAAAGAAGCAAGUUGAUGGAGGACAAGACCAGAUGGGAAAGCUUAUGUGCCUUUUGGUUAGGGAUGGAUCAAAAAUCAAGGCGAGAGAUGUCUCGAGAGAAAAUGGAUGUGAUACUAAAACUAGUUGUGAAACAUUUCUACAUCAAGAAGGAAGUUACAUCCUCUUUGGUGAUGGAUUUCUUGUUUCAUGGGUUAAACUCUCUUGUAUGGAGUAGUACCACCCAGGAGAAAAUACUACAUACAAUUACAAGACAAAUGGGGAAACUCCUUAAGGAUGAUUUGGAUUCUUCAAUAUUGAAUGCUCUUGAAGAAGAACCAAAGAAAGAGAGAGAAACUGAUGUCAAAAACUUGUCAGAUCCAAUUGUUAGUGUGGACAAAGACAUGUUUGUUUUAGUUGAUGAUGCAAUGUUACUCAGGGAGAAAGCUGUUCUUGAGCCAUUGCCUGAUGAGAGUGGUCCACAAAUCCGUACGGAGGUUGGUAAAGAUGGAGAGCGUGAGGAUGAGAAGCGAUUAACUGAGUUUGCUAGACGCACGUUGGAGGUAUUUAUUCUUGAUCAUAUCUUAUGCAACAAAGUUGAAGGUGCAUAUAAAGAAGCUAUUGCAUUGAAAAUGCAAGAAGAGCUUAUUCGUGAAGAAGAAGAAGAAAAUCUUAACAAGAGAAGAGUGAAGUCAACUAAAUAG